AUGCUUUCUCCUGUCACUCUCUUACAACUCACGGUCUUUUUCUCGGCUCUUGCCAGCUCCACUACCUUUGUCGCGGGCGAGCCUCACAGCCCCAAGUUCGCUCAUCGCCACCAUGGAAUGCCCGCGUACAGUUUGGAAAAGCGCGACCAGUUCGACAACGCGCCGAUGACUUACUUUGAUGCGGGGCUGAAUGCUUGCGGGACGGUGGACUCGGCCCAAGAUUUCAUUGUGGCUAUCUCUAAGAUUAUGUGGGACGGAGGGGCGCACUGCUACAAGCCCAUCACCAUCCACUACAACGGCGCCACUGUGCACGCCAAGGUCACAGACGAGUGCGAGAACUGCCCAUGGGGUGCGAUCGACCUCUCGCACGGUGCCGCGCGGGCCGUCAUGGGCCCCAACUUCAUCGACAUCGGAGAGGUGUACGGCAGCUGGAGCUACGACGGGGACGCGCCCGCUACUACCACCACGCACAAGCCCAAGCCCACCACCACCACCACCCAUUCGUCCACCACCACCCACAAGACAUCGACUUCGACUUCGACUUCGACUUCGACCUCGACCUCGACCUCGACCUCAACUUCGACCUCGGCUUCGACGACGCACCUUAGCACGUCCACGAAGACCUCAAGCUCGUCUUCUUCGUCGUCUACGACGUCGUCGGCCCCGGCCGUGACCCACACGGUGUUCCAGAGCGGAGGCGUCCAGCAGCUCAACCUGGCGUUCCUCCAGUUGACCAACGUCUUGAUUGAUGCGUCGGAGAAGUGA